UGGCUGGAGAGGCACAGCUACGAGUGGUCCGAUGUCGCAGCUGUCAUUUGACGAUGACAGGCCCAAAACGCACGGCUCGUGGUCGUCUUGGUUCAACAGCCGCGUCAUCAGAGCCUCGAGUCCCGGGGUGCGAUACCCUUGCAGGCAGGAGCCAAAGGUGGAUCAAACGAACGGGUCAUCAAGGCUCGGCGAUCGAGUCGAGGAGAAACAGCAACCACAGCAGGAAGAGCCCACACUGAGGCCAGGCUGCGCCGUGACAGCACCAGCAGGUAGGAACGACCAUCUCCUGGUUCAGCGGCGGUGGUGCUGCAGGUGGCACGGCACCGACCACCUCCACAGGCCUGAUUCCCGACAUGCCCUGCGGACGCUCUUCGGCGUGAUGCUCUUCGCCAUACUGUUCCUCGUUACGCCUGGCGUGUGCAACCACCAGGACGCGGUCCACAUCACGGCGAUACUGGGCGAGAGCGUGGUGUUCAAUUGCCACGUGGAAUUCCCGGACCAGCACCCCGUGCCCUACGUCCUCCAGUGGGAGAAGAAGGUAGGCGAUACGGGGCAGGAGGUACCGAUUUACAUAUGGUACGAGUCGUAUCCAACGCACAGUGGCGAGGGCUAUGACGGCCGCGUCUCCAAGGUCAGCCCAAAUUCGGCUUAUGGUCUGGCGAGCCUCAACCUCACCAACAUCAAGGAGAGCGAUCAGGGGUGGUACGAGUGCAAGGUCGUGUUCCUCAAUAGGUCACCUGGGGGUAAGAAGAACGGCACCUGGUUCCAUUUGGAUGUUCAUGCACCGCCAAAGUUCACGAUAACCCCGGAGGAGAUGAUCUACGUGACAUUGGGUGAUUCGAUAAUCCUAAACUGCCAAGCUGAGGGCACCCCAACGCCGGAGAUACUCUGGUACAAGGACGAAAAUCCGGUUGAGCCCUCGACGACCAUCAGGAUUAUGAAUGACGGCACUGAGUUAAGAAUCUCGACGAUUAAGAACGAGGACAUUGGAGACUACACCUGCCUCGCGCGCAACGGCGAGGGACAGAUCAGCCAUACGGCUCGGGUUGUCAUUGCAGGCGGACCAGUGAUAACGGUGCCACCUACGAACGUAACGAAGCUCGAGGGCGAGAAGGUGACGUUCCCGUGCCAGGCGAAGGCAAUGCCGGGCAACGUGACGGUGCGCUGGUAUCGCGAGGGGGCGCUCAUCUCGGAGAUCUCGGAGCUGGAGACUCGAGCCUCGGUCAAGCCGGACGGUAGCCUGGUCAUCAACCCCGUGAGUGCCGACGACUCCGGGACUUACCUCUGCGAGGUGACCAAUGGCAUCGGCGAGCCCCAGACCGCCAGCGCGUACCUUAAUGUCCAAUAUCCAGCCAAAGUGACGUUCAACCCGAGCAUCCAGUAUCUGCCGUUUCGAAUGGCUGGAGUCGUGCACUGCUACAUAAAAUCCAACCCGGCGCUGCAGUACGUCACUUGGACGAAGGACAAGCGUUUGCUGGAGCCGUAUCAGAUAAAGGAUGUCGUAGUGAUGACCAACGGCUCGCUGCUCUUUACGCGCGUCAACGAGAAUCACCAGGGCAAGUACACCUGCACGCCUUACAACACCCACGGUACUCAGGGCAGCUCGAGCCUGAUGGAGGUGCUGGUGCGCAAUCCGCCGUCGAUCACGGUUGAGCCAUUGCCGAUGUACCAACGCAAGGUCGGGGAGACCGUCGAGAUGCACUGCGACGCCCAGGAGGCUGAAGGCACGCAGAAACCCGUGAUUACUUGGCAGCGGAAGGACAACGAGCCGUUGCCCCGCGAGCGGGCGAAAAUGGUCGGUGGCAAUCUGACGAUUGAGGGCCUGAAGCGCCAGGACUUUGGUGGCUAUCAGUGCGUCGCGGCUAACGAAGUAGCAGCAAUCGUUAAAUCAACGCAGCUGAUCGUUGAAGGCACGCAGCCACACGCACCUCACAACGUGACCGCAACAGCCGAUGAAUUCUCCGUGAAAAUCUCCUGGCUGCCGGGCUACUCUGGUGGACCGGAUUACCAGCAGGACUACACGAUUUGGUAUCGUGAGGAGGGAGCUCAGGAUUGGAAAACAAUCCCAGUGACGCCGUCGGGUAGUACGACGCUGACGAUAAGCAGGCUAAAGUCCGCAACUAAUCACGAGUUUCAAGUUGUUGGGAAGAAUGCGCUUGGCGAGGGGAUGUUUAGUAAGGUGAUCACUGUCAGGACCCUGGAUCCAGGAGUGCCGAAAACACCUACUCCAUCUUCGAGUUCGGGUAAUCAGGUGCCGGCAGUGGCCGAUCAGAGUAGCGGUGGGCUAGAAUUACCCCUAAAGGAGAAAACUUCCGAUGAUCGACCAAGACCAGGACCACCGAGAAAUGUGUCCGUGGCUGAAGUGAGCAAUGGUUUCCUCAUAACUUGGAUGCCUCCACUCGAAAAAAGCCACCUCGUUAAAUUUUACACGAUUCAUUUCAAAACUGACGGACCCUGGAAAACUUUGAAUAAAGGACAAAUUCGACCAGAGGACACGAGUUAUUUAAUGAAAAACCUGGUCGGCGGUAGAACGUACUAUUUCGUAGUAAUCGCCAAUUCGACGGACAGUGCUGGGGUAAGCGAUCAAAUAAAGUAUCCUGUGCCAGCGCGCGUCAAGCACAAGGCCAUAACCGCUGGUGUCGUCGGUGGCAUACUCUUCUUCAUCGUUGCAAUUAUCCUUAGUAUAUGCGCGGUUAAGAUCUGCAAUAAGCGAAAAAGACGAAAACAGGAGAAAGAACUGCUUUCAGCGUAUAAUAUGGUGGCCUGCCGGGUUACGGACGCUCGUAACGGGGCAGGGCAGGGGCCCCAUGGAACAGUGCCUUUAAAAAAAUCUAGAAAAAGCCGAAUACCAGGUCUGAGCCUCCUGCGCGAGAUCAUCAACCCAACAACGCCAGAAUUCGCCCGUCGCUGUCGACCACUCGGCAAGAUCUCUCGCGCGGCAGAUGGCCGCUUCGUCAUCGCCGACUCGGUCAUGUCCUCUGCCGACAACAGCAUCCUCGACGCCUCGAGUAGCGACGACGGCGGCUUCCUACCGAAGCAGCACCACCACCAUCAGCGCCUCAAGUCCUCAUGGCGGCGGCCUCUCGUGGGCACCAGCCAGCUUAGCCUGCGCUCCGAAGGCAGUGGCUUCUCCAUCGGUGCUACCAACUGCGGCCCGGCUUCGUUACCCAUCGCUGCCACGCCAAGCGCCAUUGCUGCCACUAUAGCCACGCAUCACCAUCAUCAGAUCAACUCGCCCAACUGCCCCGCCAUGUUGGGACCCAAUGUGGGUCCCGAUCACUGCACCAUCGCCACCUCGCCGCGUUUUCUCGCCAGCUCACCCAGCGGGCCUCAGUCGGCACCGUGGGCCUCACCUACCGUCUACCUGAGCGAUCUGAGCUCCGUGCGGCCGGCCAACUCGUCAUCGGCCGAGCGCAGUGCGGGCUCCGGCUUCCCGACCCCACCGAGUUACUUGCAGCUGCGCAGCGUCCACCAGCGCUACAGCCAGGAGUUACCGUCGCUCAAGGCAAUACACGCCGAGUCGCACCAGAGGUUCGUGCCGGUUCAGCCGCUCGCCACCUCGUCGCCACCGCAGCCGGCCGGCCGGCCUCGCGCCCGAUUACCACCCCGGCACGCGCGCCACGCCAGAUCGGCACCCGAGUUGGCCGCCUCGCCGGACCUCGAGACCUCGCCCGAGAGCCGCUCCAGUAGCUCCGGUUUCGGCAGCAAGAACACCUCGCAGCAGAACCAAAGCUCUCGCAGUGGCAGCACCGUCGCCGAGUGGCGGCCUCCACCGUACCGGCCGCCCCCUCUGCCUCCCCUCUCGGUGGGGCGCUGGCUGGAGCUCCAAGAGGACCAGCAACAGCCACACCACCACCACCACCACCACCAUCAUCACCAGGCGAUUAUGAAAAACGGUUUGAACAGCGUGGGCUGUGGUCUGGGGAACGUGGACGCUGGUAGCGUGGACGGGCACUACGAGUUCGACCCGGUCUCUUGCACGCCGACUCCGACCUCGGCGUCGACGCCCACGCGGGAGGAGCGUCCACCACCGGUGCACCAGAUGCACCACCUGCAGCUGCCCCAGAUUCACCAGGUGCACACGGCGCAGCAGCACCAGCCGGCCUCGGCUCGCUACUCGAGGGACAAUAUCGAGGCGCGCGUCCAAGCGAUGAAGGCCGAGUUCCACCAGUUCCGCCAGAGGCAGGCCAGGAGACGACAGAGCGCCCACCUGGAGAGUGCCUGUUGAUCUCCGCGAACGUAAUUUUUCACCCGAAUCGUUGUGCACAUUAUGUUCUGGUUUACUGAUACGAGUGUGCGACAGAGGUAUAGAUACGCGCUCGGCGUAGUUUUUUUACGGUACCUGCGAACGCGUGAGUGCGUGUGCUUGAGACGCCGGUAUAGGCUGUUCUUGGUCUGAACGAUAAUUGGAUAUCGGAGUGGUCGUUGAUAUGGGGAUGAAAAAGUGCGUACGCGUGAGACGAAAAAAAAAAAAAAAAUCAGUAGGGAUAUGAUGUCCGUCCGCGAGAACCGCGACAAAUUUUUCGUUUCUCUUGAGUUUGCGUAUUCGCGGGUAUGGUUGUAUAAAUAAUAUAUACGCGCACAUGCACGUGUGACGAGAGAUAUAAAUUAUAUAAUUAGAUGUAUAAAAAAAAAGACACUCCACGUGACCUACCGGGCGAGGCUGAUUUAAGAAAGAUACUCCAAAGAUACCGCACCGUGACGAGUACGAGCUCUAUGAUACAUAUAACUUGUUAGAGUACAGCAGAGGAUAAGAAAAAAAGAAAAUAUGGGAGAAAACGAAAAAACGCAAAGCAUUUUUAACCUCUAUUGUAAUUUUUAAUUAAUUAUUAACAAACAAAAAAUGAUAAUUGUAAGUCUCACGAAGGAAGAAAUAACCACCCACUUUUGGCGGAACUAUAAAUAAAUAAAAAAAAAAACGAAAAUCAAUUCAACAAAAAAUUCAAACGAAAUGUUAGAAAGAAAUUAGUAAAUUUACACACACAACCACAUACAUACACACAUACUGGAGAUGACAACAAACGGCAAGUUAACAAUCAAGCAUGAUGAAAAAGUAAGAAAGAAAGAAAAAAAAUGUUGUACACAAAAUGAUGAGCAAUGGACUCGAAACCAGUCGAAACGUGAUAUUAGGCCGAAGCUUGCCUCGAGAUUGCUCGAGAACUCACUCGUACUGCACUGCCUGUUUAUAGGGUUUCACUGGCAACCCAACAUAUUAUCGGCACAAUAAUUUUUCUUAAGCAAUGUUUAACGAAAGAAAGCGAAAGAGGGGGGUAAGAAACACGAUGGAGUACGAUGGAUGUAAAUGCAUAAAGUUCUACUUGAGCGAAGUGAAAAAUUGUAGUGCUGUGGAUCGUCACCACCGAUGCUGUGCAAAUUAUUGAAAGGAAAAAAAAAGAUUCGCGAAGAAAAUGACGAAAAGGUCUUCUUCGAGGAGCCACUGGGGGGUGUGAUUUUAGCUUUUCUUUUUAUAGUACAAACUUCUCGUUUACAUUUAAGCUGAACAAAAAAAAAAAAAAAAAAAAAAACCUUCGAUAUAGACUAUUAGUACCAGUACGCAAUUACUAAACGAAGGUGAUUAAUACUCACGGUUUAACUAUACGCUUAGAUCACAAGGGACGUGUGAUUAUUGUUGGUGUAGACACCCAGUGACUCGAGUGGGGUACAUGAUUAUCUGCAAAGAUAAUGUAAGUCACUACUAUGUGUAUGAGUAAGAGUAAAACGAAGCCUGAGUGCGCGAGAAAUGUAACGAAAAAAAAAAAAAAAUAAUAAUAAACGAAUAAAAAAGAUAAAGUUUGCGAGUGUCACAUAGCAAUCGAGCGGAAAGCAAGCGAAGUAAAAACAUUAAUUUCAAAAACUAAAUUUAAGUAAACAAUUACGCGUUGGCACGCAAAGAGAGUACCAAUAUUCUAAAGUAAUUCUAGUUAUUGAAUCGAUAAAUCAUUUGAUAAUUGUAAAUCAUAAAAACCCAAAGUGGAGUGUGUCGACGACGACGAGAUCAGACGAACUGAUUUUGAUGUGCGGAAAAGUGGACCUUUGUUAUUUAAAAGGAUACGAUGUAUAAGAUAUAAGUGGUCGCGAGUGACCCGAAUUCAGCCCUGUUGCUACAAUGUAUAAUAUUAACAAUAAUUAUAAUAAUUAUAAUUAUAAUAAUGAUGAUAUUAUUAACGAUAACGGAUAAAGUACUGAUUACUAUGUUAUAAUAAAAACGUGAAAAUGAAUGUUGUUCGUUCUGGUUAACGUGUAAUUAUAAGCGUCGAGGAAACAAAAAAAAAAGGUUCACGGUUCAACGAAGGAAGAGCAAAGAGCGAGCUUUUAUCUCUCGGGCAUGAUGUACAUUUGGUAUUUUCGUUCUCUGCUCUUUUUUCCAAAGACGGGAAGAGCCUGUGAUGUAAAAUAAAGAAAAGUGGAGGGAAAAAAACAAAAUUCGAAAAGCAAAGGUUGAUCGAAAGAGCAAAGAAAGAACAAAGCUCUUGAUACAUUAAGCAGACUUUGAAUCGAAAAAAAAAGAGAAAAAGAAAAAUGGAAAAAGAAAUUACUUCUGUUAUCGUCUCCACCUUGUAAUAGACAAAGCGAUUAAAGCGUAUAUAUAUAUAUAUAUAUAUAUAUAUAUAUAUUCAGUAAGAAUUGUAGAUAUAUAAUAGUUAGAUACAACGAUCUCAAGGCGACGCAUGUGCAUUUCGCUACGGAAAUUUCAAGGAGUGUUGAAAGUGAACUGAGCAAAAAGGUAUAUACAUACACAUAUAAAUAUACAUUGAAUGAGGAAAAAAAAAAAACUUAUCGAUCACAAUAUACAAAAGUAUUAUUGUACGUACUUAUACUGAAAGCACACAAUAAAAAAAAAAGCUGACGCAUUAUAAAUAAAAACACACACAAUUUUAAAUAUCGCGUAUGAGAGAGAAAAAAUAGGAGGUAAAAGACCGAUUAAUGUGGUUGAAUCGUGACUGCGUGUGGUCUUAUGGACGAACGAUUCUCGUCAAAUGACGCACACACAUUUAUCACUCGUCUUUUGUUUUCUGUGAUUUGAUUUUGGCACCCUGUUUUUCGACGCUCUUACGCAUUGGUCUUUUUGUACAGCACGAAAUUUCAUUACGUGGGUUUGUGAUCGUAAAAUCGAUUGUGUAAGAAAUUAAUUUUUAAGAUUCUUGCAAAAUCUUAAUUAUAAUGUUCAUUAAAGUGUUGACGCUAUCACGUUAUCACAGCUAAUAAAGGCAUGUACAAUUAUACUUAUGAACUGUACACCAUAGCUUUUAAAACCAUGUGUUCUUAAUAAUUAAUUCUUAAAUGUGAUUUUUUUUUAUGUUAGGUGCAAAUAUUUUUGACAUACAUUUUUUAACUUACUGUUUCUGUCAUAUCUGCUACAGUUGACAUUUUUUUUAAAUUUGAUAUUGUGACUCAAAUUAAAUGUGAGUUAAACUAAUACACAAAAAAAUUUUUAUAUAGUAUGAACUUUUAAAACGAGAAUUUGUAAACUAUUCGAUUGUCAUUUAAUGUUUUUCAUACGCCACUUCUCAUAAAGCGGAUAGCAUGACAUUGUCUUUUAAAGCUGUUGAAUAAAAAAGUUCUAUUGCGGAAUUACUUGUACGCAAAUUUAAACUGUUACUACGUUUUAGUAUUUAAAAUUAUUAAAAUCAAAUAAAUAUCAGAGUUAUUGUUUGUACAAACAACAGCUAGUUUUCUCUGCUUCACAAUGAUAUAUCUUUUUUUUUACACAAGCUUAAAAUUUAUCAUUAAAAAAAGUAAAAAAUAUAUAUUUAAAGUAAAUAAGACUUUUGCAAAUAAAAUUUUAAUGCAAUAAAUAUAAUUAAUAAUGAAUUCAAAUGAAUAAAAUUCUCUGUGAAUUUUCUCCACGAAAUUUCUUACACAAACGAUUUAACAUAAAAUUAGCAAAAUUUUUCGUUGGAUCACGCACAUUUACAGAAAAAAAGCACACAUAUAUACACCUAAGUAAAUUCGCUAAUAAUACUCGUAAAAGAGUUUUUGACAGAAUCAUUCAUAACUUUUUUAAAAAAAGUGAAGAAAAAAAAAGAAAAAAUUUUUCACGGUGUCACGACGCAUCGGUAGUUGCACGCUAGCGAGCCAUUUUUGAAAAAAAAAAAAAAAAAAAAAAAAGGUUCUCAGGCCGCAACCAACGCUUCCGCCUAAUAGCGCGUGCUUUUAUAAAUCGCAAAUGUUACAAGUUCGCGUGUGAUAAGUAGUUCGAAACCUUUGAUAAACAUUGCGGAAGAAUUUUUCUACCCACGAUCGUUAAUUAUCGCUUUAGCAAGUUCGUAUCAAGUGCGAGUCGAAAAAUAAGAAAACGAGGAGUUAAAAUAUACGAAAAAAAAGUGAACUACAAUAAAACCACACGAUGUUAACAAUAAAAAAAAAACUCACAUACAAACUAUCACGUUUUGAUAAUUAUUACAAAAUAUGACGUGUAACGGUAGACUAUUUGCGCGGAAAGGCUCGACUCGUGCAAGCCUCCUCUCGAAACCGUAUGUGCAACUAUACAAUAACGACGCAUCGCGACACCGACAGUUAAAUUCGUGUUUGACGUAAAAGAGCGAUUCUACCUUAACAUCUUGCGUGACAGAGAUAGCAAUUUACAGGACAUUUUUUGUGAGCCAAGUGCGUCAUUUUUUCCGAUCAACUCGCCGUGGUUGCGAACUGUAUAAAGGAUUUAUAAAAUCAUAGUUAUAACAAAGUACGAAGUUGAGGAGAAAUAUCGUCGUUGUGCAAAAUAAUGAAAAAAAAAAAAAAAAAAAAAAAGAAUUGCUGAUCUUGCCCAUUGAGUACAAUUUACAUUUUAGUUCGUUUCUAGUUUACGUAGCGUUUAUUAUUAUCAUGAUCAUCGUUACUAUUAUUGAUAAUACUAAAAUUAUAAAUAUCAUUUGUAGUUUUUUAUCGAUUACACGAAACUUUAAUCGUGGUAUACGUAUAAAUAAAAAUAAUCAUGUAAAAAAAAAAAUUAAUUCCAGGUGAACUUUUUUUUUUAACUAAAAUAUAAAAGCAGAUUAAAUUUUUUCCUCGCUGAAACACUGUUUAUCUUUUUUUAAUAUUACGUACGUACAUGGUCAAAAGUCACCCGCAUCACGAAUAUAGUAAAUAUAUUAAAGUACCUAUAAAUCAUCAUGUAAACAUUGCGCAAAGCCUUUUUGCACUGUCAAUCAUGUAUCUAAGCAUGAAAUCUCCACACUUGGUUUUUUUUUGCGUAUGAAUGUGUGAUGAUCAUAACUGCGAUCCCACCUAUUGAGUACCUUUGUAUGAUCUUUUUUUUAUUGUCGUGUAUUUCGUUCUACGGAUUAUGUAUAUUUUUCUUCGGGAUGAAAAUGAAAGAGGAAAAGUCGUUAAGUCCCGUUAUUAUCAACUAUGCUUUCUCGCUUCUCCGAGAACUCCACGACGUACUAACUUAGGAAGAAUUGUAGAAGAUUUAUUAUUAAAUAAAAUUAUAAGGAGGA